UCCUGGGAGAUGUGGGGCCCUCCAGCUCCCUGGCAGAGGCCAGUCUCCACAAUCCUUCAUCAACAGCAGGGCUGAGGCUGCUUCUCUCCAGCUGGCUGAGCUGUGCUUUCCUGCAGAGAACUGGCAACCAGGGAGGGUGGGGCCUGCGGUGUCCCCUCUCCCAGGGUCCUGGUAUGCAGGAUGCCACUGUGGCAGAUCAAAUGGCCCGACUGACCCUGAAACUCUUGGAGAAGAAGCUGGAGCAGGAGCGUGAGGAUGUGGAAGGGGAUUCCGAGGACCCCCACCUGGUGCCAGGACACGAGGCCAGGCCGGAUGCAGCCCUGCAGAGCGCUCUGAGGAGGAGGAAGGACCUUCGGCAGAGACUCUGGGAACAGCAACUCCUGGAAGAGCUCUCCCGCGCCCACGCCCACUCCUGGAGAGGGCCCAGCAGGGAAGCCCGUGGGUCAGCGCUGCCAACAGAGGUGCCCCCUGGCAUCUACCCUGCCGCCUCCCCACCCCCGCCGCCCCUGGAGCUGCCUCGGGUCAUCCAACACUCGGUCGCCCAGGCUCCUCCCACCAUCAUUCAGCAGCUACCUCAGCAGCCACUCAUCGCACAGAUUCCCCCUCCCCAGGCCUUCCCAGCUCAAAGGUCUGGAAGUAUUAAGGAAGACAUGGUGGAGAUGAUGCUGCUGCAGAACGCACAGAUGCACCAGGUCAUCAUGCAGAACCUGAUGCUCCAGGCCGUGCCCCCAAUGGCCUCUGCUUCCUCCAGGGGACCGCAAGCCACACCCUUGCCGCCCACCCUGCAGGGCCUGCAGUGGCCUCACCCCACCGGGCUGCGAGCUGAGAGGCAGAAGCCGCCUUCCGUGCACCAUCACCACCACUAUGCGCCCCCAGCCCCGCUGCAAGCCGCACCUGGCUCACCCGUGGCUUACUCCAUGUGGCCCUCCGUGGUCUCCGCCACCGCCCUCCCACCUGCCGCCAGCUUCCUGCCCACCAUGCGUCACUUGGCCGCCCCCUCUGCCGCUGCCCUUAGCACGGCUGCGCCUGACGGUUUCCUGCCUGCACCUGCUCCGGCUCCGGGCCAGUGAGCCCCCAAUACCUGCCUGGUGAGCCUCACAGUCCCUCUUCCCUCAGGGACGUGGUCAGAAAAACCAGGUGGAAGCCUGACAGUGGUCCCUGGCCACUGAGAUCACAAGGAAACACAGGGGUGUUGUCAGAAAAGAUGCCCAGGAGCCACAGGAAGAAGACCCAUAGCAUAGAUUUAGCCGCAUAAGAAUAUAAGCCUUCCCAUGGGAAACAGCGCAGAGGCGAGGGAGGAAAGCAGCGGCUGCAGACGGAGAUGUGCUGUCCUGGGAGGAAGCACUGGUGACAGGUAGAUCCACCUGCUAGCCCGGCCUUUCUCCUGCGAAUAAACCCGCAGAACUGCACACCGCUCCUGAAGAGGGGGUUGGGACCGAGGCUCUU